UUGAUUUACAGACUCUGAACUUCGAGAAAGGUUGCCGUUGCCCGUUGUGUGACUUCUUAGUUCUUACUUGGUUUAAUAUACUGUGUUGUUAUCUUUCCAUGAAACAUUCGAUUGUUAUCAAUCCUUAACGGGAAAGUCAUAUAUUUUUUAAUGUAGUGAAUGAUCGAAAUGGCUUCAAACGUCGAUACAUCAUUUUGCAAUCGAGCACCAGUUUGUUUAGGUAGAACUGCCACUGUCAGUAACAGCCCAGAAAAUUGUGAAAUUGUUGAGGUAUCGGAGAUUCGUGAUUUAUUGGAAUACAACCCACCACAACCUUUUAGUACAUCUGCAGUUUUGAACUACUGCCAGCGCAAGAUGAUUCUACCAUACACUAGGCUUUUGGGACUACUUGGUCUAAGACCUCUGUUAGGAGACUUCAAUGACCAAACGCUUGCUCUGAGUGCAAUUAACAAAAUCCAUCUAUUCUUGGUGACAUGCUUCCUCAUCUUUGGUUAUGUAAUGCAACUCUUAACAUGCUACAGAAGGGACAAAGGUUUUUCAUACAUUAAAAUUCCUGGUGUUGAUCAUGUUAGUCAAAAUGUCAGACAUUUGACCAAGUCACUUGACACACCUGAAGUUGUGUGUGAUGGAAGUCUUUUCCUUUGCUACAUUUUACCUCCAUUGUUACAUCUCGGCGCAUUUAUCCAAACAAUUUAUUUAUUGCGAAUAACAGAUAAUGAACAUCUACAAACACUCUUUGAGAAGGUCUUUUUACUGACUUCGAGAUCAAGAGGAGCAACGACACAACGAGUUCUUCUUCGAAGACUUCGUACACAUGUUAUACUCUCAGUGGUUUGGUUACUUUGGUCACUCAUCGCUCAAAUUUUUCUUGUCUGCACCAGUCCAAUAAAGACAGUUUGGUUCCUUCCUCAAAUGAGUAACCCCGUCCGCAAUUCAUUGAUGGGGGUAAUGAUUGCCUCCACUUUAUGCCAAGACGUUGUUCACUGCUUAGUUGUUAGCAACUAUUGCAUAGAAUGCCAAUUAUUGAUGUCGUACGUUAGUUCUAUUAGCGAACGCGUAGUUGAGAAAUCCAUGUCGUUGGAAAUCGCCAUGAAAGAAAUGUUGGAAUUUGAAAAGUUCCUGCUGUACUUGAACGAAAAUGUUUCUCCAGCCAUCGGUUUACUCCUGCUACUCUCCACGACCCGUACAAUUGUGACGACAAUGACCGUCAUUCAUCCUGGAUUUCUGUACUAUACAAUCGAUGCGCACUCUUUUAUUGUGAUAAUGUUGUUGGUUCAGUGGGCUACUGUUUCCAUAGCUCCACUGGUUUCUGCUGCGUAUGUUACUGCUGCAAGUCGAAACGUGCGCUCUGUAGGAAUGAGGAUACGUGUUCGUCCGUUCGGCUUUCAAGAUGUUCCGGCUCAAAAAUUGGAUUCGUUCAUGACAUUCAUUGCAUGUCACAAAGGAACGGCUAAAUUGUGCUUCGUUCCAAUUAGUGCUGCAUCACUCGGAGCAGUUGUUGCUAUUGCUGCUUUAAUUUUUCUUAUCAGUGCUAACGUAUCGUAAUGUUAUUAUGGAAUCAUGUACGGGUUGAAUGCCAAAGUCAACGUUUAUCUCUCAUAUCUGUUGUGAUCUAUAACUCUUUCUCAGGUAAUCUCAGAGUUUCUAUCAUAUGUUUAAUCUCGGUCGGGGAAUUCAAUACACAUUUAAGAUUCGUGA